UUGGCGCCGUUUCUCUCUCUCUCUCGUUUCCGUUCCUCUUCGGGAAAAUUAGAGCUUCCAUUCGAAGCUCUCUCUCUCUCUCUCUCUCUCUCUUUUUUCCGAUAAAAUUUCGGGAGAUCGACGGAAAAAUGAGCUUCGCCGCCUCCUGAAUCGUCAGAGAGAGAGAGAGCGCUUGUCGAUUCUCCUGGAAAAUUGGGAGGAAGAGAGAACAACAAUUCAAACCGCGUAGACAUCGCGGUUUUGUUUGUUCUGAUUGAUUGAUGCGAAACUCGGACCCAAUUCUACCGUUUGAGACCGGAAUUCCGACGAUUGUCAGGGAAUUUCCGACACAAUGGAUCCGGAAACAACAGAAAUGUGGGGAGAAGAGUUUACAUUUGAGGAAUUCGACAUCGAUUUCGAAUAUGAAGCCCCUCGCUUCUAUGAUUUCUCCAGGCCAGAACUCGAUUCGGAGAAAGACCAAGCUGAGCUCUGGUUCCAAUAUUCAGGGAGCUAUCCUCCUUCGCCUUUCAGCCUAAUGUCCAACUCGAGGAACGACUUCCUUCAUAAGCAAUUUACGAGCAAAAGCGGAGAUUACAAAACGGGCAAGACUCAAAAUCCCCCCAUCAGAAACUUGGAUGCCGGUUUGGAUCGUGAACAUAAAUAUAACGGGUUCAUAUAUUACAACGAAACUGUUAAAGAUGUUCAAAGUACUAAGCCUAAAUCCAAAACCAAAUCGAUUGUCUCAAAGGGUUCGACGUUGACAAGACCUACUGCAUCUUUCUUGGCAAGGCAGAAUAAACCGCUAGACACUUACUCUACUCAACUUCUCAGAAGAUGUGAGAGGUCAUUAGGGAAGGUGAACGACAAGAUCUCGUCUCUCUUAUCCUCUAUGGUCCAAAACCAGGAUUCCAAAAGACAGAAGCUCAAAGCCGGUUACUUCGGCAAGGUCUCCCGAUUGGAUCAAGCUCAUUUUGUACAUAAGGUUCCAGGAAAGGCAGCUCUUGUUAACUCCGGCAACUGCAGAAGCAAAGUCACUGUUCCAAGAGAACCAAACCUCCUAACAGCCCAAAGGGCUGUAAGACAUCGGUCUAAGGUUAAUCCAGAACCCGAGCAGAGAGUAAAACUGAGUUCUAAUUCAUCCAAAAGGCGCCCUACGAACAAAAACGUUUUGGAAGCUUCAAUGUCUUUUCCGGAAAGGAAUAGCCCUCGGCCCCCAGAUUUUCAGGCUAAAAGUGCAGCCACCGAUGAUUUAAUGAGGCUUACGUCUCGUGAUUCCUCAAAAAGUGGCAAGUUCAAAGGAAUCCACGGCACAAGUACAAACCCGAAAGUUUAUGGAUCUAAAGUUUGCCCGCUGGACCCGUUGACAUCAAGCAGAGAAGACACCAGUGAAGCAAUGGACAUCAAACACGAGAACAAUUUCCCGAGGUUCAUCCAAGGAAUCCGAGGAUCCAACAGAUACAGGCUUUCGAGAUGAAUCUGAAUUAGAAUCUUUUAGCAAGCUCUGCCUCAAAUCCGACCAUGAUUUCCUCCGACUUUAGAACCCCAUGAUCUCUGAACAGACAACGUUGACAGAAAGAAGUUUCUUGUACGGCAUAGACAUGGCGAUAGAGACGAUGGGAGAGUUUUCCAUGGGAAUCACUGAACCUUCUCCUCUGAUGUCAAAAGACACGUUAUCAAGCUUUUACCACUUCUGCUGCUGUCUUUUGAAAUUUCCGUGUUAAUGGAACAGAAGUCGGAGUUUGUAUAUAUACCAUUCUAGUGAAUCCAACGAAUACACGUAUACACCUACGUACACGCGUAUAAUACGGAAAUAUUACAAAAA